UUGAGCUGGAUUUUGGCAAUGGCACCGGCAGCUGGAGGUUCAUUUGAGUACAUCCCCCCGGAUGGCGGCUGGGGGUGGGCCGUGCUAGUUGGAGCUUUCAUUUCCAUUGGCUUCUCUUGUGCGUUUGGCAAAUCUGUUUCUGUAUUUUACAAAGAAAUUGAAGACCUAUUCAACGCCAGCACCAGCGACGUGUCGUGGAUAUCCUCCAUCAUGUUUGCAGUCAUGUAUGCUGGGGGUCCCAUCAGCAGCGUCCUGGUGAACAAAUACGGCAGUCGCCCGAUCAUGAUGGCUGGCGGCUGCUUGUCAGGCUGUGGCUUGGUUGCAGCGUCUUUCUGUAACACCGUGCAGGGACUUUACGUGUGCAUUGGACUCAUUGGAGGUCUUGGGCUUGCCUUCAACUUGAAUCCUGCUCUGACCAUGAUUGGCAAGUAUUUCUACAAAAAACGGCCACUGGCGAAUGGACUGGCGAUGGCAGGCAGCCCUGUGUUCCUCUCCACCCUGGCCCCCCUCAAUCAGGUUCUCUUUAAUGUCUUUGGCUGGAGAGGAAGCUUCCUGAUCCUUGGGGGCUUGCUGCUAAACUGCUGUGUAGCUGGGUCGUUGAUGCGACCGAUAGGGCCCCCGGCGACCAGCGCGGGGAGCGAGAAGUUGAAACAGUCCCUCCAGGAAGCUGGAAAGUCGGAUGCAAAAAAAGAGUUAGGUGAUGCAAAGAAAGAGGCAGGUGAUGCAAAUACAGAAUGUAAUGGAAGAAUACACAGAGAAGAGAAACAAUCAGCUUUUCAAAAAGUUAACAAAUUCCUGGACCUAUCCCUGUUCACACACAGAGGCUUCCUACUCUACCUCUCUGGGAAUGUGAUCAUGGCCUUGGGGCUGGGCACACCCUUGGUCUUCCUCAACAGUUAUGCCAAGAGCCAGCAUUUCCCUCAUGAGAAGGCCGCCUUCCUUCUUUCCAUUCUGGCUUUCGUUGACAUGGUAGCCAGACCGGCUAUGGGACUUGUGGCCAACACAAGGUGGAUAAGACCGCGAGUCCAGUACUUCUUCGCCGCCUCUUGUAUUGCAAACGGAGUGUGUCAUAUGCUGGCACCUUUGUCCACUACCUACCUUCAUUUCUGUGUUUAUGCUGGAUUCCUUGGAUUUGCCUUUGGAUGGCUCAGCUCGGUAUUGUUUGAAACACUGAUGGACCUCGUUGGCCCUCAGCGGUUCCCCAGCGCUGUGGGGUUGGUGACCAUUGUGGAAUGCUGUCCUGUCCUCCUGGGGCCACCGGUGUUAGGCCGUCUCAACGAUGUGUAUGGCGACUACAAGUACACGUACUGGGCGUGUGGCAUCAUCCUUAUCGUCGCGGGCAUUUACCUCUUCAUCGGCAUGGGCAUCAAUUAUCACCUUCUGGCAAGAGAGCAGGAAGCCAAGAAGCAGCAGAAAAAGGAAGGUAAACAAGAGGAACCCAAAGAAGUUGUUAAAACAACAGGAUCUACAGAAGAGAAAGGCCCCAGAACAGGAGACCCCAAAGAGGAGAAACUUCCAGAUUGAAGUCAUGGGAAAACAGACGGGAUUUGGCCCAAAGACACCUGCGAUAUUCGAUGCCGCCAUGUUCUAUGAUUCGUGCUUACCAUAGACAGUGGACUUUUGUGUAGAGGUCAUACCUGGUGUUUGUUGAGGGAGUUUUCAUUUCAUUCCCUGACAGUACAAUCUGUAUCCUUUGGGGGCAGGGCAUUUGCAAAAGAUGAAAUAAGGAAAUCAUUUUUAUUUGAAGCCGCAUUAGUAAGGUAUACGGCGCAUAUACCCCUUUUAUCAGAGUCAAGUCAACUCACUGUAAAACC